AGAGUAUGAUGCAUAUCAAGAUAUUUUAUAUUAGAAUGGCCCCCUCUCUGAGUUGUAAGAUAUACAUGUAUCUUCUAAAACUGGUUUUUUUGUGUUUUUAGCUUAUACAACGCUAAAAUUAGUUGAGAAUUUUAAAGCAAACUAACAAAGCCUUAAAGACCAUACCAAUAACAUCCAUAGGACUGCAAUUAGUGGAUGUAGUAGCAGUAAGCUGGUAAUAGGUUGAUUUGUAUUAGCUUAGAAAUAAAGAAAACAUUAAUCGUUGCUGAGAAAUUUUAGGCCAAUCUACAUGAGAAACUGUUGACCCAUAUCUUAUUGAUUAUGUUUGAGAAAGAUCAUUGUUUUCAAACUUUUAGAAAUCAAGUUCUGUUUUUAAUAUGCUUUACAUAAACAAUUCUUUGCACAUAUGUCUGUUGACAUGGGAGGUGGUUUCAACCUUGCUUACUUCAGCUUCACUGCCAUAGGAGGUGUUGCUAAUGACAAUCGUAUAGCUUUUAACUUUUCUUUAUCUUCACAUGAAAGAUACAGGGGGAGGAAGGUGAUCCUGCUUCUAAAAGAAUUCAUUUUUUUUCUUCGUCUUCGCAUCCGUCCAAUUUUCGUUUUUGCCAUAUUAUCUGAUUCUUAUGUUCUUGAUUUUCAUUGUAUCAAAGGGUUAUUUUCAUCGAUUGAUAUGUUUCACUUUUGUAUUCGGAAGGGAUAUCAUCUGAAUAUAUUUCUUCACAGUCUCUAUCAUCAAAUCAUGAUGAAAAUGCAGUGGUGCUUGCUGCUGCUAGGGUACACUGGAUUAGGGCUCCAAUGGAAGAAAUUUAAAAAAUUGUUAAAACCUUUGUUGUUUCUCCUAAGAUCAUUAGAUGCCUCAAAAUAUGUGGUCCUCUGCAACAUUCAAGUCUUUGCUAAAGUGAUGCCAUCUUUUUUUGCUCCGAACAUUGAGGACUUUUUCAUAAGCUCUUCAGAUGCAUAUAUUAAAGCUCCAAAACUUGAGAUCCUUUCUUCCAUUGCUACAGAUCAUCAAUAUUGCUUAUUUUAUGAGAAUACCAAGUACAUGUCAAUUAUUACAUCUUUGCUUACUUUGUUAUUGUUGAAUAGACUAUAUUUUUGUAUGCUUUUAGAAUAUUUGGCCUAUGAUUUUGUUGUUUGAGUUAGGUUUUGGCAUAUGUAUUCUUUGUUCUUCUUUCUAUUGUAUAUCAAGAACUCAAGAAGAUAGAUUAAUUAUACCCUGUAAUUAUCCUCUGUUGCGAAUGUGCUAUAUCUAAAUUGAUCUUUGCAGGUUGUUAUUACAUUAUUAUAUUGUUACCGGUGAGUCCAACUGCUUUUUUGGACUCAUCCUGACCAUCAGUUCAAACCAAUAUUAAAUCCUGGCUGUUUAAACUAGGCAUUUACUACAUUUUGAUUAUGGUUACAAACGCUUUAAGCAACUUCAUAGUUGUGAUUGUGAGUUAGUUGGGUCUAAUGUGUGUGUAGUUUUGUAAGUAG